ACAGUGACAGCAGUUACAGCAAUAGCAAACAUUGUAAAGUCAUCAUUUGGACCAAUUGGAUUGGACAAGAUGUUGGUGGACAAUAUAGGAGAUAUCACAAUCACUAAUGACGGUGCGACAAUCUUGAAGAUGCUCGAGGUUGAGCACCCAGCAGCAAAGGUGCUCGUACAGCUGGCCGAUCUGCAGGAUCAGGAGGUCGGCGACGGCACGACGUCGGUCGUCAUUCUGGCCGCCGAGCUGCUGAAGCGCGCCAACGAGCUGGUGCUCAAGAAGAUCCACCCCACCAUCAUCAUCAGCGGCUAUCGUAUCGCCUGUCAAGAGGCCAUCAAGUACAUCAACGAGACACUGGCCGUCAACGUCGAGACACUGCCCAAGGACUUUAUCAUUAACACUGUCAAGACAUCGAUGUCGUCCAAGAUCAUUGGCGACGACAGCGACUUCUUUGCCAAGAUCGUCGUCGACGCGCUGGGCCGCAUCAAGACCGUGGACUACAAGGGCGACGUCAAGUACCCAAUCAACAGCAUCAAUGUGCUCAAGGCGCACGGCAAGAGCGCCAAGGAGUCCGUGCUCGUCGAGGGCUACGCACUCAACUGUACAGUGGCCAGCGAGGGCAUGCCCAAGCGAAUCGUCGGCGCCAAGAUCGCCUUCCUCGACUUCAACCUGCAAAAGGCCAAGAUGAAGCUCGGCCAAAAGGUGGUCGUCACCAACGUGCAUGACCUCGAGGCGAUCCGCGAUCGUGAGAACGACAUCAUCAAGGAGCGCAUUCAGCUGAUCCUCAAGUCGGGCGCCAACGUCGUCUUCACCACCAAGGGCAUCGACGACCUGUGUCUCAAGUACUUUGUCGAGGCCGGCGCGAUGGCCGUGCGCAGAUGUCGCAAGGAGGACCUCAAGCGCAUUGCCAAGGCCUGCGGUGGCACCGUGCUCAUCACACUGUCAAACCUCGAGGGCGAGGACGGAUUCGACGCCUCAUCACUCGGCUUUGCCGACGAGGUCGUGCAGGAGCGCAUUGCAGACGACGAACUGCUCCUGGUCAAGAACUCCAGCGGCAAGAAGGCCGCUUCGAUCAUCUUGCGUGGCGCCAGUGGUCUGACGCUCGACGAGAUGGAGCGCUCCAUCCACGACUCGCUGUGCAUCGCCAAGAGGACGCUCGAAUCGGGCACCAUCGUGCCAGGCGGCGGCUGUGUCGAGUCGGCACUCUCCAUCUACCUGGACAACUUUGCCGAGACCAUGGGCUCGAGGAAGCAGCUGGCCAUCUCAGAGUUUGCCGAGUCGCUGUUGGUCAUCCCCAAGCAGCUGUCAGUCAACGCCGCGCAGGACGCUUCGGAGCUGGUCGCCAAGCUCCGCUCGUACCACCACGUCGCCCAGACCGGCGACGCCUCCAAGAAGAGCUACUCAUACUCGGGCCUGGACCUCAUCAACGGAAAGGUGCGCAACAACCUCGAGGCUGGCGUACUGGAGCCCGCCAUCGCCAAAGUCAAGUGUAUUAAAUUCGCCACAGAAGCCGCCAUCACCAUUUUACGUAUCGACGACAUGAUCAAGCUCAAUCCAAAGGAGGCCGCUCAAGAUCCACACGGUCAUGGUGAC